AUGAUGUUUACAGGGGGAAGAUCCUCGCAUUCGAAACGUCGAAAUCCCAAUAGCAGUAGAAAUACCAAUAGCAGUAAUAGUAAUAGCAGAAAAUGCCUACUAGAUCAUCGACUGCCACAACCCAGGACGGGACCAGAGGGCUACACCUACAGAACAAGAAUUCCAUCACCACUGAACCCAGAUGACCUGCCAUCCCCAUCAACCGGAAGGACUUACGUCUACAGAACCCGAGUGCCAAGACGUGACAUAACCGGCGAGCCCUCAGCCUCUUCCCUCCUGGAUCACACCCCAGGAGGUCCGAUAACACGUAGACGAGGAGCCGUCAAGCACAAUAAAAUUCACGUGAUAAGAGGCCACAGACUCGUUGCUAAAUUCUUCCGACAACCAACAUUUUGCGCAUUCUGCAAAGACUUCCUCUGGUACAAUCCCAUUAUCCUCCAGAAUUCACCGUACUUGAGGGAACGAUUCAAGGUGGAUGUGCCCCAUAGGUUUCGACCCCACACCUUCAUGUCUCCAACAUUCUGUGAUCACUGUGGCUCAAUGCUCUACGGAUUCUUUCGUCAAGGCCUCAAGUGCGAUGUCGAUCUUGGCUCCCUGAACCGUGAGAACGGUCUUUUUACACCUAAUGGUCUAUCACGUGAAUUAUCCAGUGACACCCUCAACUCAGUGAAACAAGUGCGACAAGUUAUUGUCAUCGAUAAAUAUUCGGAUUUCAAGUGUUGA